CUUUGCGCCUGCGCAGCGCGGGCCACACCGUGACUAAGAUGGAGGUUGAAGGAACGCGGGCGCCGCCGCCGUUCUGGGCCGGGGGCCCGGCACCGGGGCAAACGUACAUCCCUAGAGGGCCUGGCCCUGCCGCCGGCCGCCUGCCCUUCACCCGAACGCUGAGCCCGAUGGUGACUGGCACCUCGGUGCUGGGGGUGAAGUUCAGCGGGGGGGUGAUGAUCGCCGCGGACAUGAUGGGCUCCUAUGGCUCCCUCGCCCGCUUCCGAGGCAUCUCCAGGCUGCUGAAGGUCAAUGACACCACCAUGCUGGGGGCCUCUGGGGACUAUGCUGACUUCCAGUACCUGAAGCAGAUCAUUGAUCAGAUGGUGAUUGAUGAGGAGCUGCUGGGUGAUGGCCACAGCUACAGCCCCAAAGCCAUCCACUCCUGGUUGACCAGGGUCAUGUACAACAGGAGGUCCAAGAUCAACCCUCUGUGGAACACUGUGGUCAUCGCCGGCUGCUACGGCGGCGAGAGCUUCCUAGGCUACGUGGACAUGCUCGGAGUGGCCUAUGAAGCCCCCACACUGGCGACAGGCUACGGCGCCUACCUGGCUCAGCCAAUGAUGAGAGAAGUCUUGGAAAAGAAACCCAACCUGAGCAAGGAGGAGGCUCGGGACUUGAUAGAGCGCUGCAUGAGGAUCUUGUACUACAGAGAUGCUCGCUCCUUCAACAGGUAUGAAGUUGCCAUCGCCACAGAGAAGGGCGUGGAGGUGGAAGGACCCCUGACCUUGGAAGCCAACUGGGACAUUGCUCACCUUGUCAGUGGCUUUGAGUGACCUCCAAGAGCUGCUCCAGGCUGCUGUGUCCAUGUCCCUUUUGCUCCUCCUGAUGCUCCCCACCUUCUUUUGGGGAACACAUUAAAGCUGUUUCCCCAGCUCUGUCUUUGUCCUGUG